AGGCAGAUUGUGUGUUAUUUCAGGUCACGCAAUGUUUAAAAGAAUGGAGAUCAAAAUGAAGCAGCAUUUGCAGAAGAUCACGGUUCAGCACUUGCACGAGAUCGAAAUAGCACUUACAGAGAUCGCUUCUCUGGCAAAGAAAAACAAUCGCCUCAUGCGAGAAAGGGACGAUGCAAUUAAAAAGCUUCAAAACUACUUGGAGUUGAGGUCGCGGAUCGAGACCUCGACCUUAUCUUCAGAUAAUCUUCUUUUCAGAAGGUAUUCUCUAAAUGACAUCAAAUCUGCCACUGGAAACUUCUCAGAGCAUUUGAAAGUUGGGGAAGGAGACUACGGCGUGGUUUACAGAGGUGAAGUAGAGGAGACUAUGGUUGCUGUCAAGGUUAGGAGAGAGGAUGGCUUCAGUGUAGAUCAACAAACAUUUCAUCAGCAGAUUGAUAUGUUAAGGGAUAUUAGACAUCCUCAUUUGGUAAGGAUUUUGGGAGUGUGUUUGGAUAGAGAAUGCAUUAUGUAUGAAUACAUGGCUAAUGGAAGCCUCGCAGAUCAUCUAUAUUGUAAAAUUGAUACUCCACCACUACUUUGGCACAUUAGAAUUCGUAUUAUCAAUGAAGUUUGUGCAGCAUUACACUACCUACAUAGUUUUAAGCCAAAUGCCAUUCUGCAUUGUGAUUUGAAGCCUGAGAAUAUUUUGCUAGAUGAAUUUUAUGUAAGUAAGAUAAGUGACGUGGGAAUGGCGAGGCUUCUACCUCGAGAUUUGCUCAUAAAAAGCAAUAUAUCCUAUUUGGACGAACACUAUCUCAGAAACGGCGAGUUCACUCAUAAAUCAGAUGUUUAUAGCCUGGGAAUCACUAUUCUUCAGCUUCUCACAGGCCAACAUGCUCUUGGAUUAGUCAGUAAGGUUGCACAGUCACUAGAAAGUGGACAAUUUCAUGAUUUGCUCGAUCCUUCCGCUGGAGAAUGGCCCUUUGAUCAAGCUAUUCAACUAGCUUAUCUUGCUCUCGAUUGUACAGAAUCUAAUCAAAGGGAUAGGCCUGAUCUUCAUCCCACUCUCACUAAAACUCUCAAUCAAUUACAAGCUACCGCCUCAACAAAUUUUCAAACUACUCAUCAAGGACAAGUUCCUAGCUUCCUAAUAUGUCCCAUCUCUCAGGAGCUCAUGGAUGAUCCUCAUGUUGCUGCGGAUGGCUUUACCUAUGAAUUAGAGGCAAUUAAGGAAUGGUUUGACUCUAAUCACAACACAUCACCAAUGACAAACUUGAAACUAGAUCACACUGAUCUCAUUCCAAACCAUUCUCUCAGAUCUGCCAUUCGGGAGUGGAAAGAAGGAACGAGUUAUCCUCAAGACAUAACAUCACAGUCUACAAAGAAUUUCUUUUCAGAGGGGUUCAGAAAAUAAAUAUCCAAUA